AGCUUAGUCUCCCUUUUAUUCCAUUCACUGCGGCAUCCCUCUCUUCCUCCCUUGUUUAUCCUUGCCUAUUCGCAAUCGCAUUUACACAACUUGAGCCGCAGUUAUCAACGACCCCGCCACCCUGUCCUCUCUUUCGCUCAUAAGAACAACAAUUUUUUCUUUGUCCGCUCACAUGCCCGUCUCAAAUUCCCUUUCGACCACCGUUGCACCGUCCAAGGUUGCAUUUGCCCCUACUCUUGUUUCAACUAUUCCUGCUGAUAUUACCUCAUCACCAACAAGGCCGAAACACCAUAAACGUUCUAGCGGAUCGGAUGUUCACGUGAAUACUAAUCCACCCAUGCAGAGAUCCAUUUCAACGCCUGUGGCGGCCUCGGCCUCCAUGGUUACAACUGAACAAGUUGCUGACUUUGAACGACAACGCCAGAGUCAGGUGAUGAUGACGGCCUAUAUCAGCAGCUCUAUUCGGGAAAAGAAACAAGGAAACCCUAUUCCUUAUGAGGAACUCAUUGCCCAGCUUACAGUAUCUAAACCGGUGCCACGUACUCCAGCAAAGCUUCUACAAUGGAUUCAAGCGAUGUCACAGUGCAUUUCAUUGCUGGACAAGUCAUGUAUUUCAUUGAUUGAUGCCAUGUUGCAAAUUGAUUGGAUAGUACAAGAUGACAACUUUGUUCAGCAUUACCUCUCUUUCCUGGGCAAUGCUGUAUCGGCCCAUGCGGUUUACGUGGUCCCGGUGCAAUCUAUGUUGGUGAAAAGGCUUACUACUCGUUACAAGGUUUCGCCCUCUGACAAUACACUGGAUAUUUCACGUGAGCGUCAAUACGAUCGAGUUCAUCAAGCACUGAAGUACAUUCUCAAUCUUAUACCCACUGGCUCCACGACCCUCUUUCCUCUUCUCGCGGCCGAGUUUCCUCAUAAGCGCGAAUCCAUCAAUGCUCAUGUGACAUAUGUCAAGAAUAUUCUCAAAGUGCUUGAAUACGCACCGGUUCUUCGGACUCAGGUUUUAGGCGUAGUCAUUGAUCGAAUAAUCCAAGUAGAUGUGGAGAUUCAAGUCGAGUUGGAGGAAUUGGAGGAUUCAGAUACGGAGGUGGUUUACGACUUCGAUAUGAAUGAUAAAGCCAACGAGGAUGAAGAAGAGAGCGAUGAUGACGAUGAUGAUUCAGGGUCAGAUAGUGGAUCGGAUUCAGACUCUGAAUCUGGAGCAGAAGUAGCAGUACUCAAUAUCAAGGAUAUGACCCAAAAGCUAGAUGGAAUGCUCUUCUUGGUUUUCUCCUAUCUUGAGCAAUAUGUCAAUAGUUGUCAAGAUCUCACGGCUAUGAAUGGAGAAGUACCAUUACCGAUUCAAGAACUGUUUUUGGUUCUUCUGUCAAUCUUUAUGAAGACGAUCCUUCAGACAUUCAAAUCGAGGCAUACGCAAUUUUUACUCUUUUAUUGUAUUUCGCUCUCGCCUCAGUUCUCUGAUUAUUUCCUGGGCGCACUCGGACAACAAAUUUUGGACAAGUCUCAACCGCAAGUGAUACGUGUUGCUGCUGCAGCGUACAUGUCGUCAUUUGUAGCUAGAGCAAAAUAUUUGGAUUUACGGCAGGUUGGGAUGGUGGUUGACAUGUUGGGUGGGUUUGCUCUUGGGACAAUAGAGGAAGUGGACACUGGAUCGAAUGUUGUUCCUGAUCCAGAGCGUCAUGCGGUGUUCUAUGCCGUUGUCCAGGCCUUGAUGUAUAUUUUCUGCUUCCGAUGGAAGGUUUUGGUCAUUGGAGGGUCAAAGCAGCUGAACAACAGGGAUGAUUUCGAUAGCGCGGGGAUGAUUGUUGGUAGCAUGGAUGGUGCCCCCGGACCAAAUUCAGAGUUGUCGGCGACGCGUCAGUGGCACUCUGGAUUAGCGUCCCUACAAAGAAUCAUUACAAGUCGGCUGAAUCCUUUAAAGAUCUGCUCUGGCAAUGUUGUGAAGCAAUUCGCAAGGAUUUCCAACAAUCUUGAUUUUAUGUAUGUUUAUCCUAUUCUUGAACAAAAUAAGAAAACCUUUAUUCACCGCAGAUAUAGUCCAGCAUCGAUUCCAGGAAGUGAUAGCAAUGGAGCCAAUGCGAAUGGGCAGGUGAAUGGAGGCAUACUUCCUCAGGAACUGGAGACAUUUUUCCCAUUUGAUCCAUAUCGCCUGCGUCAGAGUGCAACAUUUAUGAACGGUAUUUAUCAGGAGUGGGAGGAUGAUGAAGAUGAUGAUGAUGAAGAAGAGGAGGAAGAGGAGGAAGAGGAGGAAGGAGAAGAAGAAGAGGAUGAAUUAAAUUUUGUUGGACGCCACAGCCCUCGAGAGGAUAUUGAGGAAGAAGAAGACGAAGACGAGGAAGAUGAGGCAACGAUGAAAAAUUCUAUCAUGGCCAUGAGCAUUAGUCCAAGCCCUGCACACUUCUUGGUACAAGGAAUGACUUCGAAUUUGGCGUCCAAAAAAUAA